AAUAUUGGAGUAAGUUUCGAAAGAAAAGUAUAUCCUCGACUACUCACUUUGUAAACAAAAACCCUCAGGAAAAUAAAAUCUCAAGUUAUUAUAAAAAUAAUUAAGGGUAGUUAUGUCUCUAUUCCCCGAAAGCUUGUUUGAGAAAACAUGUUUAGAAUUGGAAAAUCCCGUAAUAAACGAAUAUGAAUUAUUUACUGACUCCUUAGGUGUGAAGAUAUUUCGGAGAUAUAUACGGGAAUCUGGUUUAUAUGAAUAUAAAAUAUAUGGAAACCUAGAUGUGCAACCGGAAUACACGUUCAUUAGGGAGCUUCAAGAAAUUGUGCAAUUAGACAAAAAAUAUUGGGUGGUUAUUGCGAAAGCAGAAGUGUUUGAAAACUAUCCUGAAAAAGAUGGUGUUGUCAGGGUGAAGGAAUAUGAGCAACAAGCUGUGCUGACUUCUGACGAGUCAGGAGGAACAAAAGCUUUCAUGAAGUAUUAUGACAACCCUGGCGGCUCUCUACCUUCUUGGCUUAUCAACUGGGCAGCAAAGGCAAGAGUUCCAGAAUUUUUGACUAUAAUGCAAAAAUCAUGUAGGGAAUAUAAGGCAUAUUUGGACAAGAAAGAUAAGAACUAA